UCAAAGUGUCUCCAUCUUCGAACAGCUCAGCGUUCCGGAGCUUCCGUUGUUUUGUUUCCAAAGGACAACUUUCCAGAUGACAACUUCAUUCCGCAUCGUCUGUAGUUGAAGCUAGAAGAACUUUCGGAAAGAGGGACCGAGCAAGAACGCUGCGCUAAUAUCUUCCGUCUUCCCAAACCAACCUUGUCGCGAUCUCCCCAAAGUGGGUCAGACCAGCUCCAUCGUCAUCAUGUCGGACCGCUCCAUCAUCUUCUCGCCGGCGCCGUACCAUAUCAUCUCAUAUGGUACGCUCCUGGGCACGACAUUCUUUCAUUCCUUCGUCAAUGGGAUAGCCAUGUUCAAGGUCCUGCCCCGGCCGCAGUUCUCGGUCGUACAGCAGAAGCUGUUCCCCAUCUACUUCUCGAUGCAGACGGUCCUGCCCAUUGCCCUGGCCGUGACAUGGCCCGGCUCAUCCAGCAGCGCGCUGGCGGCCACCCCGGCCGGCCUGCCGGGCGUCCUGCACGAGGCCGGCCGCUGGGCCGUCCUGGCGCCCCUGGGCGCCAUGUUCGCGACGGGCUUGCUGAACCUAGUCGUGUUGCUCCCCGCCACCACCGGCUGCAUAGCCGAGAGGCGGGCUCAGGAAAAGAAGGAUGGGAAGCGGAGCUGGGACCCGGCACCCCACUCCGAAGAGAUGCUCGCCCUCAACAAGCGAUUCGGGAAGCUCCACGGCAUCUCUUCCCUGCUUAACCUAACGACGUUUAUCGCUACCGUUGUCUACGGAUUCACCCUCGCCAAGUUGAUCCAGUAAAAAAAAAGUAUAGUUGACGAUGGACUAUUUUAUGGAGGCCUUGUCAGCAUGCACUAUAUACUAGUGCAUGAGGAAGCCGUGUAAGUGCCGGACUAGGGAGCUCCGGUUGAGGAUCCUUGGAAUCGGGGCGAAGGAGUUUAUUCAUGCGCGAUAAAUAUUACGAGAUAGCACAGGCACCAGUAUCGCCAUGCCGCCUCUUGAGAUAGUCAAAAUCGCAUACUGAAUGUGAUUGUUUGUGUUGAUAUCGUA